AUGCACAACUCAGCAUUUCUCUUCAGUGUUUUGGAGGAUAAACUUCAUAAGCUGUACCAAGGGAAUGUUCACGUCCUGGAAUCUAUUCAAUAUUUUCAAUUAAAAAACAUCAGAACUAUCAUUGUAGUGGGAUAGCAUAAUUACAAAUAAUACACAGACUUUGUCACCUAUCAUAAAGUUGAUGACAAUCAUACAGACAUCAUUAAAACAUUUGAAAGAAUAGCCAUGCUCAUUUCAAAUGAAAUCAAGCGUUCAUCUGUUUUGGUAUGUUGUUCUAAUGGACUAAAUUGGAGUGCUGCAAUAACAAUAGCCUACUUAAUCAAAGUUAAAUAAUGGCAAUAUGAAAAAGCCUUCUAUCAUCUUAAAUCAAUGAAAUCUCUAGUGAAUCCCUCUUUACCACUCAAAAAAUAACUCAUAUUAUUCAACACUAAAAUCCAUAAUCACAAACAAGAGAACCAGGAAAACAAUAUUAAUUAUUGUAAUCUCAUCACUCCAUCCAAAUUCUAACAGCGAAUUAUUGAGUAGACUCAGAAGCAAUAAUAUCUGGAAGAUUCUAUCCAUUCCCAGGAUGAUAUACAAUCUACCGGCUCUUGUUAAGGUGGACAAACACCUAUAUUCUACUCACCGAAUAAACAGAGCUAAAUCUAAAAACGAAAGUAAUCAUCCAAUCCUAAGAGUCCAGAAAAAAGAACAAGUAGACACAUCAGGAACUACACUUUCUAAAUUGAUGAUUCUACUGCACAGUAACUUUAAAACAAAGAGCAACAAGUUCAAAGUUCUCCUCAAUUCAAAAAUGAAGAAGAAUAAUUAACUCUUAGACAUAGAAGAAGAAGAAUCACUCAUAGAACAAAAAGUGCUUUGAAUUAAAAAUGA